AUGGAUCAACAACUGAAUGGAAAGGUAAAUAGAGGGAAUAUUUUGGGGAGGCCAGAACGAAUACGAAAUUCUUGUCAUCUGAAAGAAGGCGAAGAAUGUAUGUUGACAUGUUAUUAUGACGACGAAGUAACAAUGGAAUUAACUCGUGCUAUUUCCCAUGUUUUAAAUCUUUCGUUGGAUGCGGUUUGGGAAGCUUUUGGCGCAUAUUUUGUACACUUUGUUAUGAAGAUUGGAUGGGAUGAACUUUUGCAAGCACUUGCCUACGAUCUCAAAGGUUUCCUGAAUAGUUUGGACAGAGUGUAUUAUUUUGCUGACCAGUUCGCCUUCUCGAUGAAAUUACGUGGUCCAUUAUUUCGCUGUGAAUGUAAUAGUGAUGGUAGUCUGCUGUUGCACUAUUAUUCAUCACGUACAGGAUUUCCGGGAAUUGUCAAAGGUAUUGUUCAUGAAGUAUCAAAGCGAAUAUUUGGGAUUGAAGUUGGAAUAACUAUUGAAAGCCGUCUUCGAGAGCAUUUUAGUUCAACCAUCAAAGAACACAUCAUGUUUACAAUUACUGGGAAGGGUGAAGAUAAGCGCAGUUUGAGUGUUGUGAAUCCUUCGCUAACCAAUUUUUUGCAAGACACAAAGUCAAAUGAGCAGUGUGGUUUAUCGCUAAACGAAUUUGCGAUUAUUUUUCCAUAUCACAUUUGUUUUAGUAAAGAAUUCCAAAUAUUGCACCAUGGUGUUUUUAUCAAAAAGUAUGUACCAUCGGUGAGAUGCGGUAUAACUUUGCUGACUGAUAUUGUACAGCUUAUCUAUCCUAACACACCAUUUACUUAUGAAUCUUUGCUGGCUUUUCUAAACAAUAUAUUCGUAUUAACAUUAAAUGAUACCAUUGACAGUGAAAUUGGUUCACAACCGAUCGUGUUAAAAGGAUCGAUGACAUUACUGUCAAAUGGAAACUUUAUUUAUAUGUGCUCGCUAGACGUAUCCAACAUCACCCAUCUUAAUCAACGAAAAUUAUACAUUAGCGACAUGCAACUGCAUGAUGCAAUUCGAAAUAUUGUCAUGGUUAAUCAAUUAAGGCUCUGCCAAAUUAAACACACUGAAAAGUUGGAAGAACAAAAAAGCAGUCUGAAAAAACUAACCGAAAAAGCUACUAUUGAGAAAUAUCGAUCAGAAAAGCUCCUCUAUGAAUUAUUGCCUCCAUUUGUUGCUAAAAUUCUUCGCAGGGGUGAAACGGUUCAAGCACAUGAAUAUACAGAAGCAACAGUUCUCUUUUCCGACAUUGUAAAAUUCACAAAAAUUUGCGCUGCAUGUGCACCUUAUGAUGUUUUCAAUAUGUUAAAUGAACUAUACACCAAAUUUGAUCGUAUUGCUAAAAUUAACGACGUUUAUAAGGUUGAAACUAUUGGUGAUGCUUACGUGGUCGCUAGUGGUGUUCCCACUCAAUGCGCCGAUCAUUCGGAACGUAUUUUAAAUAUGGCAAUUGGUAUGCAAAUAGAAGUAAAGUCAGUGAAGCGUCCAGGAACUGAUAUACCACUUGAGAUCCGUGUGGGUGUUCACACUGGACCGGUUUUUGCUGGAGUGGUUGGAUUCAAAAUGCCUCGGUAUUGCUUGUUUGGGAGAACAGUUUCAGUAGCCCGUAAACUAGAAUCGAAUGGUAUGCCGCGAAGAAUUCAUGUCAGCGAAACGGCCAAGAAUUCGGCACUGCAAACGAAUAAAUUCCUUAAAUUUGUCGAUGGAGGAGUUAUCGAGAUCGACGUUGGUCGGAUGCGCACUUAUUUUCUGGAAAAAAACGAUAACGAUCAUAGAAACGGGAAAAGUUGAACAGAGGCCUUCUCCAAUACCUUCCGCACUUCGGCCAGCUAAGGCUGACCUCCAAGGAUCUAGUGCUUGUGCAGUCAUUUGAUGUGCAUUUCUACCAUAAAUUUGCUGUUGCAAUAGAUAAUCUUCCAAGUUAGAUUAUAUGAUGACCAAGUACGAUUCGAAUUCUAAAAUCUUGAAGAAAAAAAAAGAUGAACUUUCUC